AAGUUCGUUUUGAGCAUGCGCGUAUCGACCGACCGAGGGUGCCUGGUUUUGCUGGGCAGUCUGAGCUUUAGUCGUCGCAGCGACCCGACCGAGAACGGUUGGGUCCCUCCAGCCACCUCAAGCAACCCUGGACAGCCCUCUCUCCUUGAUCCAUCUGAGCCCCUAUGGGCCGGGGCGGGUUGCGGUCUGGACGCUGCGACGGCUGACUGGACGAACGCGUUCAAGAUGGGCCUAUAUAUGCUGUUGGCAGUCGCCAGCAGUUUCCGGGUCCUAGUCGCUGGUCUUCCAAGACAGGCGAGAUUGCGGCCUCCCCACCUGAUGCAGUUGGUGUACGGCCUACGGUCAGCGUCUUCGCCAGCCUAUCGAUUCGGAAAAAAGGCUGACAAGACUGCUGCCCUGAAGUACUGGUCCUCGAAGACAACAUCUCAGCCUACAUCGGCGUCAUCAGAACAAGACGAAGCACCAUCCGGAGGAGCGGGGAGGCUGUAUACGGCGGGACUUUCUACUUCUACUUCAUCUUCUCCUAUUUAAGCAAUAUAUCAUUUACUUAAGUUGAAUUAUUGUAAAUUUCAUAAGUUUGUAUAGUUUACUCUAUUGUCUUACUCUUAUGGCGCGGCGACUUGAAAAUUCUUCUCUUGAAUAAUUUUUGUAUGGGGCUGACCAGGAUUGCGAUUUUGAAAGGACUUAUUCUUGUAUAAUUUCUCUAUCAUAUAAUUGCUCUUGUAUUCUUAUUAUUGCUCUUGUAUAAUAAUUUAGACUGUCUCUAUUCUAUAUUCUUGUAUUCUUUUUGUAUCGCUCUUCCUUGAGAUGUGUCUAGACUGUAGAGGUUCCGACUUGCUGGAUUCGUGUGACUCAAUUUUUUGCCGCUAUAUAAUGGCAAAAAGGCGAGUACUCAAUAGAUAAGAAUGUAUCCGUAAACUGUAACCGUAUUAGGACGCGUUCUAUAUAAUAUUCGAUGUGAGAGAAUUGGUGUUUUGAUGUUGUGAUCUUUAUUUUCUCGUACAUUUUCCUGUGUUCCCCUGCUUAUUCGUUCCCCUUGUAAUCUCGAUGUACCCCUAACCCUUCAUUCCCUUGCCUUUUCAUGUCGUUCGGUGUAAGCUUUUCUCAAUAUAUAAUGGAAUAAUCAAUAAAUAAAUGUAUCUCGGUGUGGUAAA